UAGUGACAUCACACCUCAUCAUCAUACAUCUAAAGCACAUUUCAUCUUAAUUUCAGCUCACUCGUCAUAUUUUCUUUUUCAGUCUGAUCAAAUAUCUUCUCCUUUAAAAGUCACUUCCUGGAUUUUGGUGACGACAUCGUCUGCUCCUCGCCUCAUUGGUUGUGUCCGCUGCUUAUGAGUUUUUUCCCGCGUUGUAAACCAACACACAGAAGCUGGGAGUCGCGGGAAAGUUUAACGCUGUUUUACACGUUUACCGGAGAAGCGUGAUCACCACCGGGAGAUGUCGUCCUCCGGUUAUGACCCGGCCUGCCUGCCGGAUCUCCUGCCGCUGUAUUACCGCCGCCUCUUCCCCUUCUCUCAGUAUCACCGCUGGCUCAACUAUGGAGGAGUGCAGAAGAACUACUUUCACAACCGGGAGUUCUCCUUCACACUCAAAGAUGACAUCUACGUGCGCUACCAGUCAUUCACCACGCAGAGCGAGCUGGAGAAGGAGAUCCAGAAGAUGAACCCGUACAAGAUUGACAUCGGAGCAAUAUACAGUCACAGGCCAAACCAACACAACACAGUGAAGUCAGGAGGCUUCCAGGCACUGGAGAAGGAGCUGGUGUUUGAUAUUGAUAUGACAGAUUAUGAUGAUGUCAGAAGCUGCUGCAGUGCUGCAGCCAUUUGUUCCAAGUGCUGGACCCUGAUGACCGUUGCUAUUCUUAUCCUGGAUAGAGCUCUUCGAGAGGACUUUGGUUUCCAGCACCUGUUGUGGGUUUAUUCUGGCAGAAGAGGAGUGCAUUGCUGGGUGUGUGAUGAAGCUGCCAGGAAGCUCUCUGUAGCUGCACGCUCAGCUGUUGCAGAAUACCUGAGCCUGGUGAAGGGUGGUGACGAGACGGUGAAGAAAGUGGUGCUGACACAUCCUCUUCAUCCUCUUAUCGAAGAGGCUUUGGCUGUGGUGGAGAAAUACUUUCCCCAGUAUGCACUGCAGGAUCAGGAAAUACUGAGCCGCAAGGAGUCUGUGGACAAAGUGCUGGCAAUGGUGCCUGAAGAUGUUAGAAAAGAAUUGCAGCAGGAUUUCCAAAAUGAGAAGAAACCUGACAGUCGUUGGAAACUGAUUAAGGAUCAAGCCAGUAAGAAACAGGGCACCGCCAAGAAGGGUCAAUACUUUGAGAAAGAAAUCAUGCUGCAGUAUUGUUACCCACGGCUCGAUGUCAAUGUCAGUAAAGGUGUGAACCAUUUGCUGAAGAGCCCCUUCAGUGUCCACCCCAAAACAGGACGCAUUUCUGUUCCCAUGGACCUCAAAGAAUUAGAAACGUUUGAUCCUUUUGAUGUGCCCACAAUCAGUCUGAUCUGUGAGGAGCUGGAUAGGCCCAGAACAGGAGAAGAGGAGUCGGAGGACGUGAAGGAAAACGAGAAGGACUCAGCAGAGAGACGAAAGAUCAGAGAUUACAAAAGAACCAGUUUGGCAAAGUAUGUGAAAUACUUUGAUCAGUUUCUGGAUGGAAUGGCUCGAUCGUGGAAAGGAGAACUUCUCAAAAAGAGUGAUCUUGAGAAAGAAUUCUGAACUGGAUCAACGAUCAUAAAGUCGAACAAUUUCUGAGGUGGAACUGUUGUGGCUUCAUGUUGUGGUGGAAUAUUCUCAUAUCUCAGAGGAACAGUCAUUUUCUGUUUCAAAUCUGUUUUAUUAUACUCCUAUCAGAUUCAGUAAUGAUACGUUUAUAAAUUAAACAGGAGUAAAUCAUCUUAAUUUGGGAUUUUCUUUAUUAUAUAAUGUUAAUUUUGUAUUUUCUACUUGUUGCUACUGUACAGUCAUUUGUGAAAAUAAAUUUUGGUAUCCCUACCCUUUCA